AUGACCGCAACGGACCACUUCCAAAGAACUACAUUGCCCCAGCCUCAACGAUUCAUCACGACGCAUGAUGAAGCUGGCAGAGCCGUCUACCUUAAAGGUGCAACUGACAAUGUGUCAUUCUGGCCUGUUGGACCUAAGGUCGACCCUGCGGGUUUCGGUUUAGGAUACGCUACAAGCUCGAUGCCUGUUCGGCUGGCGGACGACGAAGAUCUCGCCGAUUUCGCCCACCUUUACAACGAUCGCAAGAAGAGCGGCCUUGUCAAACAGAACGGUUCCGUGCUCCGCUACGUCGACUAUCCACCACUGGCAUCGUCGCCGAUGCAUCGGACUGUCAGCUGCGAUUUCGCUGUUGUUCUUGUCGGUGAAAUGGAGUGCUUGUUAGAUUCUGGUGAGAGCAGGCUUCUCAAGGCUGGUGAUACGCUGGUGCAGAGAGGCACCAUGCAUCAGUGGAUCAAUCAUGGAAAGACCUGGGCGCGGAUGCUAUACGUUCUGCUAGAUGCGACUCCGGUGGUUGUGGGUGGUCAAUUGCUUGGCGAGGAACUCGGUGGCAUGGAAGGUGUUCCCAGCUCUCACUAA